AUGAUAAGAUUAGCACUAGCGCUAUUCCUCGUGGGAUGCGCAAAGGCUCAAACGGAGUCAACUGCCUGCAUAGGACAGCCAACCUAUCGUUUCGUUGCCCAUGAAACAGAUUGUUGGCGCUAUUAUACCUGCGUUAACGAAGUAGCUCAUCCACAGGCAUGCCCCGAGCCAUUUAUUUUUGACGAAGCUAACCAAAGAUGCGAUUAUGGCGAUCGAAACGCAUGUGUCAACUGUCCUGGAAAAGGUAUUACAAAUUUCCCAAUAAGCGAUUCCUGCACUAGAUUCAUUCAAUGUAUAGAAGGAGUACAGUUUGAGCGUGAAUGUCCAACGGGUACGCUAUUUGAUAGAACUCAGGGACAAUGUAACGUACAAUCGGCAGUCGACUGUGUUGAACUAAACUGCCCUACAGAGGAUGACCCACAAAACCCUACGUUCGUAGCUGACCCGAAUGAUUGCCAGAUAUUCUACAUAUGUAUCGGUGGGGAAGGAAUUGCACAACAAUGCCCCACGGGAACCCGCUUUAACCCGCAGAUAAAUAAUUGUGAUCUCGCUGACAGAGUUCCAUGUUCCUCAGACCCUCCUGUCCUACUUGAAACAACGCAAGCGUCCAGUGGCGCAUUGUGCCAAAACAACAGUGAAAUGACCUUUGAGCCCCAUCCAAACAACUGCAAUUCUUACAUUAUGUGUCUUAAUUCCCUGGCGUAUGAAAUGUCCUGUCCCCCCGGAAAAUCCUUUGAUCGAAAAGCGAAAUUGUGCAUGAACACAGGCGAAGCCGAGUGUCUGCUCAACUUCAAAUCACUGUGUGAUGGCAAAGGAUACGGCUUAAACACCGUUGCUUACCCAAAUGACUGCUCGAAGUAUCUUUUGUGCAUCUUUGAUGAAGUCUACGAAAUUCAGUGCUCUCCGCACGAAAGAUACGAUAUUCGCACGGACCGUUGUGUGGAAGCAAGUAAAGCAGUUUGUGCUUUUGACACUCCCUCAAUCUAUGAUCCGAAACCGUUCAUUAAUCCAUGUGCGGAUAACAAAGGUGUUAAUCUGGUGCCGGAUCAUUCAAACUGUCAGGGAUAUUUUACCUGUAUAGAAACACAAAGCUUCCAAAAUACCUGUCCAGGUAACCAAAUAUUCGACAUAACUACAAAAAGUUGCGGCCCAGUUAAACAAUCAACUUGCAUCCGUGACGUUGCCCCGGCACCACCACCACCACCGCCACCUGCACCGGCUCCUACACCUAUACCGCCUACACCAGCUCCAGCACCCUCCAAUCCAAACAAUCCCUGCCGAAACAAUCACGGUGUUACCUAUAAGCCUCAUGCGAUCGAUUGCAUGCGGUACUACAUGUGCAUGGACACGCAAUCCAUCGAACGAACAUGCCCAUCCGGUCAGGUGUUCGAUAUCUAUCUAACAACAUGCGGUCCAAAACAAUCAUCCACAUGUAUCCUGGAUAUUAAUCCUUGUGAUAAUAACGUUGGCAUUGUUUAUAAGCCGCAUCCCAGUGAUUGUACGAUGUAUUACAUGUGCAUGGAUGCACAAUCCAUCGAUCGGUCAUGCGCAGCCGAUCAAAUUUUCGAUAUCUAUCUAGCCACCUGCAAACCAGAACACACUUCCACCUGCAUACUGGAUGUGGAAGUACCCACGCCAUCGCCACCAAGUCCCGCGCCAUCGCCACCUGCGCAUAACCCUUGCGCUAAUAAUGUCGGAAUAUCUUAUUUCCCACACCCACAUGACUGCAACCGUUACUAUAUGUGUAUGGACGACCAAGCUCUGGACCGAACUUGCGCAUUAGGGGAGAUUUUUGACAUUUACACUACCAAAUGUGGUCCUAUUGGGACAUCUACUUGCAUCUUAAAUCCACAACCAACAGUUAACCCCGGAGAUAUCCCUAAACCUCCAACUCCACCACCGAAUUUACUACCUUUAUUCGGUUGCCCUGCAACCGGCACCGUGAAUGUUCCUCAUCCAUUUGAUUGUAACAAAUAUUUCCUUUGCGUCGACGGAAUGCCAUUUGAACUUAGCUGCGGUCCUAACCUGGUGUUUGACAUUAUAACUAACCUGUGUAACAGACCAGAAAUUUCUAUCUGUGCUGUAGACCUUGUCACUCCUCCUACUGCUGGACCGGGUGAUGCAACACCGGUACCGACAGGCCCAACGUUGCCAACACCACCCACGGUAGGUCCUCCUACUGUUCCCACAGCACCAACACCACCAGUACCUACAGCUCCUACUCCACCCGUUACGGAAGGAGACGAUCCGACCGUCCCAACGGCUGCACCUACUAUUCCUACCGCUCCUACUGUGACAGACACGCCAUCUCCUAUUCCUACUGCACCUACGCCGCCUUCUGAAAUACCUACAGCUCCAACGUCCGGUCCAACGGUUCCAACUAUCGGACCAACGCUACCUCCGCCCGAUCCAACUGAUAUCCCAACUAUUACACCGGUCCCUACUCCAGUACCUACUCCUGCUCCAACGCCCGGUGUUCCAGGAACUCCACCGAAUUGCCCAAUCGAUCAAACGUUUUACCACCCUCAUCCAGACUGUACGAGGUUCUACCGCUGUGUAUGGGGCACGUUACACGUUAUGCAAUGUCCACCUAAUCAGUACUGGAACCAGGCAAGGGAGUUCUGCGAUCAUCCGUUCAAUGUGAGCUGCCCCUCGACAGCCAACUAUUACGAUCGUGCCAAGGUAGCAGAACUCCUCUACCACCUCGAGAUCGUCACCGUCCACUCACCGUCAUCGUCCGAGUCGGGUUCUAUCACGAUCAGAGCCCCCGGCAAGCAGGUCCUUUGUCUUCGUCGCAUUGAUCCUCAAUCCAAUCCUAGCGGCCUCGCGUUUCAGUCGGGUGUACGCCUCGCACACCGCCGCAGAUGCCGCCUUGAAGUCUAUGAACAGGUGGUGCGUAGGGAUCUGGUGCUCUCGGCACUUCUGGAGGAUCUGCCGAAGAGUAAAGAUUUGGUCGGUGGUCGAUUUGCCUCCAACAAACCCAGCCUGGUAGUUUCCGACGAAAUCUGUAGCAAGGGGCGCAAGUCUGCAGAAGAGUAUGCGGGACAGGAUCUUAUAGACGGCAUUAAGGACUGUGAUGGCCCGGAACCAUCGAACAACAUGGUUUCUGCAAAGUUGAGUGUGUUGCAAAGCUUGGUGAUAAUAUUGACUGUUUUGGUCAAGGUUAGCAAAAGUUGUCCAGAAUUGAGAGAAUGUUUUCCAGACGUUACUGUAACCGUACCCUGCCAAGGCAGCGUCAACCCGGUGUGGACCUCAGAACCAAGCGAAACUGAUUGCAGUAUUUACGUUUCAUGCUUCAAUGGCAUCGGUAUACAAAUGUGCUGCCCUAUCGGAAUGUACUACAAUCCAAACACUGAGAAUUGUGAUGAUGAAGAAAAUGUAAAUUGUGAAAUCGAACCACCACCUUGUCCGGAAACAACAACGAACAAUCCAGACGAGGCAACUACAACCACGAGCGCUGAAGAAACAACGACACAAAACCCGGAAACAGAGACGACUAGCGACGCAGACACUACCACAGAACCAAUUACGAUAACUGAUGAAACAACUAUCACUAUUGAUGAAACAACGACUACCGAAGCUAUAGAAACCACAACUGUUGAAGAAGGUGCAGAUUUGGCUGCACUUUGUGCAGUACUUUCUUCAGACUCGCUGGUAGAGUUAGCGUACCCAGGCGAAUGCAAUAUGUACAUUGUGUGUGAAGAUAGACAAUACAUUGGAACAGAAUCAUGCCCAGCUGGGUUACACUUUAACCCUACUCUUUCUAUUUGUGAUUCUCCUGAUCACGCUGAAUGUUUGGAGUUUGUUUGCCGGAAUAAUCCCGAAGGAAAGCAAGUGACGUUGGAAAGUCAAAAUUCCUGUCAAAGAUAUUUCAUAUGCAUCGGUACUAUUACUAUUGAGCGCCUUUGUGCACCAGGUACAAUUUACGAUGCCAAAAAUGGCUGGUGCAUAGUUGACGACGUGGAAAAUCCUUGCGAACGCGAACGACUUCCACCACCACCAGACUCUGUUAUUAUGCAAUGUACUGGAGAAAGUGAAUUAAGCAAAAUACCUCAUCCUACCAUGUGUGAUGUGUAUUACCGUUGCCUUAAUGGAAAUCUUUGGGUAAGGCAGUGUCCGCCGGGACUGAUUUUCGAUACCGACCGGGAGCAGUGUAACUUUACAGGUAUAGUUGACUGUGAAGUUACACAGCAAUCUCCACUAUUCGAAAUGUAG